AUCUCACGUGAAGUUGCUGUCAAGUUUCUAAAUUAAAAAGAUUCUGAAAAUUAUUGUAAAUUAUUUGAAAUACCUAUACGUGAAAUUGAUUAUUAUGGCCAAUAUAGAGAGUACAGAUGCAUUGCAAUCUAAGCACAUGACUUUCUCAAACUCGAAAGUGCCUGUCAUCGGAUGCUUCAUAGACUAUUUGGACAUCGGCGUUAACUACCUAUACAACAGAUCGCUUCGAGGCGCGAAACUCCAGCCUAUCAGCGGCGCAAGACCCACCCUAUCACCCGCUUUCUUAGCUUGCGUCUGUCUUUUGCUUGGACUCAUUGCCAAUGUUAAGCUCGAAGUAGUGAAGUUUGACGAAACCCCGCUCAGCUACGAUUUGCAUUUCAUGCUGAUGAGCAAAGAAAAUAACCUUUAUAUCGAUGACAUCGAUACGUCUCGUGUUAUGUGGUGUAUUGAAGCAUCUGACUGCGCUGCAUUGCUCAUCAGCUGUUUACUUAUCUGGAAUUCUUCAAAUGUGAAGGCAUCGCUCGCCGAAUACAUGUUCCUGCCGUGGCUGGGAGUGACAGUGCGAGGAAUGAUCCUGCGCCAGCUCCCGACCGUGGCGGCCCUCGUCUACACCAUGUCGACCGUCGACAGCCAUGUCAACCCAAUGUUCCUGGCUGGCUUCUCCUUUCUGUUCUUGUUGCAAGCGCGUAUUUGCUUGGAAAUCAUUCGAGCGCUGCGCGCGCGAUGGCUGCGGCGCGCGUUGUCGAGCGACCAGGGGCGCGUUCAAGUCGAGACGCUCUGGAGCAGCGAAGAGGACGACGUGCCCAGCGUCGAGAUGCGCAACUUCCUUUACUAGCUUCAAAUGUCUGGGCUAUAACCGGGAAAAUCGAAGUUCCCAAAUUGCGGGCAUCUGACUCUGUCACUCUAAUUACGCCUUCAUUGGAGUCAAAGAGAAAGAACCACGCAAUUUGUGAAUUUCGGUUUUCGGGGCAGGCCCCCUGAUCUGCGA